AUGUCUCCACUGGUGAAGUCUAUCCUUCUGGUCCCCCUUCCUCUCUCCCAUCUUGCUGGUGCUCGCGCACCUAUUUCCCACCUCCAGACCUCCUUCCCCGAACUGGGAGUUGCCCGCCCUUCCGUUUCCGGCGCGUUUGCCCCCUCGGUGGCGCCUUCCGUGGAGGUUGAAGGAGGUGGAUCGGGUGUCCCCCAUUCUGCGGCUGAGGAGGCUGCGGCUGCUGGCCAGUCCUGCUCGUUCACUGACUCUGCCCUUCGCACCGCUUUUGAUCGCGCUGAUAGCACUCUCUCCGACGUUCGCACCCUCCUUUCGUCCCGCGAGGUCGACCUCCAGCGCUCCCAGGAGGAGUCGGCCUUUUGA